CCGCUUAGUUCGCUGAUGCCUCGGGACCGGCCCUGCUCUGUUACGCGCCACCAUUCACUUCCAGCUGUUGCUCGCUCCGUUGGGGGGCGUGUUGCCCGUCGCUCUCCCUCGCUCCCUUCAACCUUUGGCACAGCACUUUGUUUUUUGUUUUUUUUUACAAAACUUGGAGCCUGGCCUGCCUGCCUGGGUUCGUCCGCAGCAUCAUUAACCAUGGCGCAUCAAGCGAGGGCACUGGUCACCUCCAAGUGGCUCGCGGAGGCCGCCAAGGCGCAGGGCAAAGUGCGCGUCCUGGACACGUCCUGGUACUUGCCCAAGCUGCGGCGCAACGCCAAGAGCGAGUUCCAGAAGAGGCACAUCGCCGGCGCGUCCUUCUUCGACAUCGACCGGUGCUGCGACCGAACGUCGCCGCUGGACCACAUGCUGCCGUCGGAGGAGGCGUUCGCGGACUACGCGGGCGACCUGGGCGUCGGCGGCGACACGCACGUGGUGGUGUACGACGCCAGCGAGUUCGGCGCCUUCUCGGCGCCGCGCGUGUGGUGGAUGUUCCGCGCGUUCGGCCACGGCGCCGUGUCGCUGCUCGACGGCGGCCUGAGGGGCUGGCUGCGGGAGGGGCGACCCGUGAGCGACGCGCGCGUCCGGCCCGCGCCGCGCCGCUUCCAGGCCUCGCUGAACCGCGCCUGGGUCCGCGGCUACGGGCAGAUGCUGGACAACCUGCACGCCGAGGAGUUCCAGGUGGUGGACGCGCGGCCGACGCGCAGGUUCCGAGGACUGGACGCCGAGCCCAGAGACAACACCGAGCCCGGCCACAUCCCCGGCUCCGUCAGCGUGCCCUUCGACUCCUUCCUGUCCCCGUCGGGUCACUUCCUGCCCAGGGAGCAGCUCCGGGCGCUGUUCGCCCGCGCGGGCGUCGACCUCCGCCGCCCGCUCUGCGCCUCGUGCGGCUCGUCCGUGACGGCGUGCCACGUGGCGCUGGCGGCCCACGAGUGCGGCCACCCGGGGGUGUCGGUGUACGACGGCGGGUGGUCGGAGUGGUACGCGCGCGCCGCCCCCGAGCACGUCGUGUCCGAGGGACGGGGCAAGCGUCUGUGAUCUCGUGCCGAGGCGGCUACGAGGAGGCGUGUUUGGCGGUUUCCGAGACCGCAUCGGACCGGGACGGACUGACAGCGAGGGGGGGGGGGGGGGGGGGGGGGUGUCCUUUGCUCGCCUUGAAGCCCCCUGAAGUGGGCUUCAGGUUUGAAGGAGUAGUUUGACAUUAUGGGAAUCAUUUGCUUAAUUAUCGAGAUUGGAUUGGACCAUUCUCACGCUGAGCACAAAGACGGGUGGCCCGGCCCGGCCCGGCCCGCAGGUGACCAGCGCCGCCCCUGAAUGAUCUCGACUCAGACGCUUCGUCUCGUCCGAUUCCUCUGAGUAGUAGUGGACCACGUACGAGCCGCGGUGCCCGACAUCAGCUGACGGUCGACGGAUCGGCAUCAGCGCCCCUCUGUAAAAGCUAUUCCUUCGACAUUCCUCCUUCCGUCAUCUGCUUGGCCAAUUCAGGUUAUUGUUCACAUCACAACAGUUACUAGACACUAUUUGGAAAGAUAAUCAUUUUUAUAAUAUUUGAUCAUCUGUAUUUAUUUAUUUAAUUCUUUUGGGGGGGGGGGGGGGCGGGGCAACUUGAACGGUGUCCAGGUUUUGUUGGUCGGUGACAAAUCAUUUAAAGAAUGUACCCCUCCAUGUGAUCAGCAACUCCGCAUGUUAGUUUGACACGAUUCCCCCCCCCCCCCGAGCAGAUUGUGAACAGGAAACAUGGAAAUUCAGAAUCGCAACUCUGCCGUUUGAGGAGCAAUGGGCGGCGACACACUCGGCACCCGGAGCGUCCGGCGAAUUCCUAUUACCCGGAAAAAACGGAGUAGCUCGUAUCUUCUGGUCGCUGCAGUUUCUGUAAAUGUAGAUGUGCAAUGUCGAGUCACACUUCACUGUUAAAUUAAUCACGCUGGAUGACAUGUGUUUCCGAAUAAAAGGGGAAGUGACACAACA